AUGAAAUCAUCGUCGAUCAAUGGGAUUUAUGAAAAUCAAAGGGUGAUGAUGAAACUUGUUGUUUUGUGUUUUUGUUUGAUCAUGAUGAUGAACCAUAUCAUCAUUCCGAUCAUUCAUGGUGAAACAUUGCUUUCGGAACCUGGUGAGAGGACAUGUCAUGAAAAUCUGAAUGAUCGCUGUGGUGAUUUAUUUAUUCCUGCUGUGAUGAUUGAUCCUACUACAAGAGCAUCCUCUCAAAGCUCAUCCAUUUCAUUCCGUAACGGAAGAUAUUUGAGAAAAAGCAAUGACAGUGGAAUUGAAUUUGAUUGGUCUGGCAUUAUCAUUUCAACUCAAAUUGUUUAUACAGAAAAUUCAUCACUUCAUUCUUCAAAUGCAGUGUUGAAAACAUUGAUUCAUUUGAAAGACCUUGGAAAUUUAUAUAAUAUUUAUUUAUGGAGAGCAGUUGAUUCAAAUAAUUCACAAAAACAAUUCUUGCAAGAAUUGACACUUGUCACUAAUCACGAUAGUAAUAGUGUUGGCUAUGCAGUGGAAUUUUCUUGGGCCAGAGUUGCUCGUCUCACUACCUAUACUCUUGAAAUUGAAAUUGAAAAGAGAACCGAAGCCAUGUUAGGUGUUGCAACAUUUUAUGGCUUUUCUUUUGUUAAAUGUGACAUGUUUUCUGUUGAGCCAGCGAUCAUGAAGAACACUCAAGCAACACCAUUGAGAGGAGGCAGCAAUUCCAAUACUUUGAAAAUUGAAUUCAUUGGUGACUCAAUCACCUGUGCCUAUGGAAAUUUAGGAAAACCACCCUGUGCCUAUACACCUAAUACUCAAGAUGUUCACGAAAGUUUUGUGGAAAAGACAGCUCGUUAUCUUGGAGCUUCUGAAAUUCAUGUCGAAUGUUGGAGUGGAAAGGGAGUUGUGCGAAAUUAUGGAGACAAAAAUACCACCUCAAAAGAUCCCUUUCCAGUGUAUUAUCCUCGCACAUUGGCAAAUAAUCCAAAUGUGAGUUGGGAUUUCAAAACUUCAAAUUUUAUUCCAGAUAUUGUUGUGAUCACACUUGGUUCAAAUGAUUUCAGCACUCCUCCAAGACCAUCCUAUGAAGAAUUCAGUACUGGAUAUCAACAUUUUAUUGAUUUCAUUAUGAGCAAGUAUUUACCACUCAAAGGACCAUCUUUUAAACUUGUGUUAGUGAGCGUGGUUGUGACAGAAAAUUAUGGAGAAUUCAUUCAAAAGGUUGCUCAAUCUCAACCAACCUAUGGCAAGACUGUUUAUUUUGCAUCCUUGGAAGAUGUUUGGAGAAAUUUCCAAACCAAUGAUUGGGGAUGCAAUGGUCACCCUUCCGUAUCGGGCGAUGAGAAGAUGGCCAAAGCACUCAGUUCGUUUAUUUCUAAAUAUGUAAUUGGUCAAUAA